UGUAUUCGGCGCAUGCGCGUAUCAUCUUUUUACCAUGUGCGCGAACAAAUCAAUUAAUAUUUGAUAAAUCUUCGAAUAUCACUUUAAUAUUUAAUAAUUAAAUAAUAUUUUAUAUACAUUAAUCAAGGUUAGAUUAUUUUAAACAAUUAAGUAACGAUUGAUUGGUUGAUCGAUUAAAAUGAGGUUAUUAUAAAUUAAAUUUAGAUCUUUAUUUAUGAUCAUAUGACAGCUGUGUUAUAAAUUACAAAUAUAUCUUAUCUGCAUGUUAUUUUUUUAAUUGCCUUUUAAUUAGACCUUGAAAUUUGUCAAUUUUAAAUCUAUAUUUAUUAUUAUUUUAUAAUACUUUGAUAACUAUACCACAAAAUAGAAAUGAUAGAUGUUACGAAACCGAUGUAUAUACAGUGUACUUAACCUUAAAAUUUGGGAAAGGUGACAUACUUUAUAAAAAUAGAAAUAAUAAAUAAUUCGAAAUUAUGGAUAAAGAAAAAAUGCCCGUUGUCUUCCAAAAGUUAACUACUUUUAUGGAACAAAAUAAUCGAGCUGUAGAGUUUGUUAGUUAUGGCAUCGCCGGAGUUGGUUUACUAUUUGCGUUAUACAGAAUAAAGCCAUUUGCUAAAUUUAAAAAACCAUCCGAUGUACCAAACCGUUUUCUAAAAACUACAGAAUUUGAAGGAUACGUAACACGUAUAGAUCCAGCACACGGUACGUUGCUUCUGGUAGAUCACAUACCUUUGCUACCUUUUCCACGACUUAGCAGAAACAAGUACUUACCUAUUAAAUUAGCAGGAAUUAAUACAACUAGUCAUGGCAUUAGUUGGUUACAAUGCUUGAUUAGUGGAAAAAAUGUUAAUUUUCUUCCAUUAGAUAAAAAAAAGGAUUAUUUAAAUUGUAUCAUCACGUUUUCAGGAAAAAAUCAGGAACGUAUAAAUAUUGCAGAAGAAUUAGUUAAGUUAGGUUUUGGUACAAUAUCUAAUCAGGAAGAUCAUUUAUUAAAGAAUGAAUCUACAUUAUUAUAUUAUAAGUCUUUAGUUCGAGCAGACAAAUAUGCACAAUUCAAUAGAAAUGGAUAUUGGCAUUUUGUUAAAGAACCAACGCUCAUAUGGAAAAUUAAAAUAUAUUUCAGUGAUAAAUUAAAAUCUUUAUUGCCAAUAUCUAUAAUAAAACAACUUAAUAUUUAAAAAGAUUAAUCUAUAGUAUUUAAAAUUUUUAUACGCUUAAUUACAAUAGAACCCCAUGUAAAUUAUUCGUUUACAAAUAUUAUACAAUAAAAAAAUUAGUACCUAUAUCAACGAUACAUGUUUAUUAUAACUGUUUUGAAAGACAUUUAAUAAACAUGAAAUAAUAAUUUUAUUGCAAAAUAUAUCAUUAAACGAUAUAAUUAUCUUAUCUUAAAAUUAAUAGAAAAAUAUUUUGUAUUCGUUUUUUUAUAUAGUAUUUAAUAUAUGUUUAAAAAUGAUAUAUUAACUGUUUGAAUCUCCAAUGGUCUUUAGAAAAAUUGCGUCGACAAAUUUUCAAGCAGUGAAACUACGUAUCAAUUGCGCAUUGCGUUUUAAUAAAGUGGCACAAGAAACACAAUUGCACUGCUUGGGACUCCAAAAUGGUUAAAAUAUUACAUAUAUAUAAGUCAUUUCUAUUUUCUCAUUUUACAUUUGUUUAAACGCAUUCAAUUUCCUUGCAUAUUCUUUUACAAUAAAAAUAAAAAGUAAAAUAUUAAUAUCAUCCAAAAA